AAAUUAAAAUUAGGAUGUUUAUUGCAACGGCAGCAGCAUGUCGGCGGAGCGCACGGGCGAGGGAGAGAUGCCGCGGCACGGCGGCUCUGAGCUUCACCCGGACUCGGUCCUGCGCUCGGUGUCGCAGCUCAGGCGGAGAGCGUUGAGCCAGAGCCCGAGUUGGCCGCUGGGCUUGGAGGACGGGUUCCUGCUGAAGUUUCUGAGAGCCCGCGACUUCGACAUCGACCUGGCGCUGAAGUUACUGUCAAACUACCAUAAAUGGAGAGCGGAAUGCCCUGAGAUCAGUGCAGACCUGAGGCCAUCAUCCAUCAUAGGUCUCCUUAAGGCUGGUUACCAUGCUGUUUUGAGGUCUCGUGAUUCUAGUGGAAGCAGAGUUUUGAUAUACAAAAUUGGACAUUGGGAUCCCAAGCUGUUUUCAGUCUAUGAAGUAUUUCGUGUCAGCCUAAUCACAUCAGAACUAAUUGUGAAGGAGGUCAAGACACAACAAAAUGGUGUAAAGGUUAUCUUUGAUCUCUCUGGAUGGCAAUUUGCUCACGUUUUGCAGAUCAAUCCAAUAGUUGCUAAAAGAAUUGCUGCAGUAAUUGUAGACUCCUUUCCACUGAAGGUCCGAGGCAUUCACAUGAUCAAUGAGCCAGUGCUAUUUCAUCCAGUCUUUGCUAUAAUUUCAAAAUUCUUGUCAGAAAAAAUCAUGAGACGUAUUCACAUGCAUGGAAAUAAUUAUGAGUCCAGCCUUAGAAGGUACUUUCCAGUCCAGAUUCUUCCACCUGACUAUGGUGGCCAAGGACCUCUUUACGAAGAGCUCUGUCAGGAAUGGACGAAUUUUGUGCUGCAUUCUGAGAAGGAUCUCCUUGAGCUCUCACUUGUUACUUGAUGCCAUAUGCCAGUGACUAGAAUCUGAAAAACAGUGGUUUUUCAUGGUGUUAUAUCAAUGUAACCCAAGUGCCAAAAAAGAUGAAAUUUUACAGAACAAGUCUAUAUCUAGUAAUGCACUAUAAGUAUGAUUCUUUUUAGAGAUAUUAAAUAUUGAAUAAAAUUGAUAGUUUAUAUGGGAUUUCAGAUGAUUGUGUAUUUAGUUUUUUUACCGUAUAUUUUUUGGUUCUAAAAUGUUUGUUUAAAUUUCAGAACUUUUAGGAACUGAAGCCUUUUUAGCUAGAUUUCUACAAAUGUGUUCCUGAAGUUAACUUAUCUACCCUUUUUGGAGUACAGAGCUUUAAUCCAAGUUCAAAGUAUGUAAGCUAUAUGCAAUCUUGACAUUUGUCUCCUUACAGGCAGCCACAAAACAAAGAAACCCAAUAGAACCCAUUAAAAAGAAAGUUGAACAUCCAAUGGGUAAAAAAAAAGAACAAGUCAGACAAUCAAUAAGAAGUAAGCAAAUAAUAUUCAGAACUAAGGUUCAUGAAAGUGAAUGCAUAACCACAUAUCUUGAGCAAGGAUUUUCACUCUAAUUUUAAAUGCUAUUGGUAUUAUUUGACCAUAAGGGCUUUAAGAAAAAGUGAUGAUGUCCAUGGAUUUUGAGAUAACAAAACCAGUAAACUGGUUUCUCGGGAGAAGCCCUGGUUGGUCAGAUCAGGGCUGAAGGUAAAUAUGUUUCAUUCUUUGGUGUGUGCUUCCAAUUUGACCAAUUUUAAGGUCCAUGUUUUGUAAACAGGACUCUGCUAGCAAGAUGAUGUUGGAAGGUAUGUUAAUAAUAUUCAACUGAUAAAUCAAUAUGCUUAAAUAAAGGCAAAUUAUCCUGGUCCUGACCAUAAAUGGGAGUGAUUUUUCAGUGGGGAACCCACCCGAUGCUUCAGAAGUGAUACCCUGAGUAUCGUAAAUCCUGGGACCCUAUCUUUCAGUGAAGUUAUGAUUGAUCAGUAUUUUCAUUCCAUUUACCUACCUUUGUUCACAGCACACACAGCCCUUUGAGUCUGCUUCAUUAUUCAAUACAAUCAUGGCUGAUGGCUACUUCAAUACCAAAUUCGCACUUUCUCCCUGUACCAAGAACCCUAUAAAACCCUGUUGAACUCCUAUCUCUGUUAUUUUUAAAUAUAUUCAGUUACAUGAUCGCCACAGCCUUCAUUGGUUGAAUUCCAAAGGGUCACUACUGGGGAGAAGCUUCACCACAUCCCAAUCCUUAAAGGUCCUGGAGUCCUUAAAGUUCCCCUUAAAGAUCCUUGGGUCUGUGAGCCAUGCUUCUAGAUAACUAUAGAGAACAUAAACAUCCUGUCUGCAUCUAACCUGUAAAACACUGCCAGAAUUUUCUCAGCAACAAACUCAAAAUGCUGGAGGAACUCAGCAGGCCAGGCAGCAUCUAUAGAAAUGUCCUGAUGAAGGGUUUCAGUCUAAAACGUAGACUGUUUUCUCCUUUUCAUAGAUGCUGCCUGGCCCGCUGAGUUCCUCCAGCAAUUUGUGUGUGUUGCUUUGAUUUCCUCUGUCUGUAGAUUUUCUCCUGAUUGUGGACAGAAUCUUGUGUUUUGCCUUCUAUAUUCCAGUGAGUACAGGCCUAGUCAAUCAAUCUCUCCUCUGUUGGCAGUCCUGGGGCACUGCUGUUGUACCCCCUCUACGGCAAGUACAUAAUUCCUUAGGUAAGGAGAAAUGAAGUGCACACAUUACUUUGGGUGUACUCUCACCAAGGUCUCACCAAGACAUCUUUGCUUUGGUACUCAGAACCUAUUGCAUUUAAAGCCAACGUCACAUUUGCCUUCUUGACUAUUUGCUACAUCUAUUGUUGAUUCCAGUGAUUUGUGUACCAGAAUACCCAUAUCCUAUUGUACAUCAAUAUUUCCCAAUCCAUUACCCUUAUAUUAUACUCUACACUUCUUCUUUUCCUACCAAAGUGGAUAGCAUUCAAUUUUACAGUAUUAUCCUAUAUCAGACUGUACAGUAAAAUAAUAAUAAUCCACUAUUCAAUUCGUUCUUUUCUUUCUCAAUCUUUUUAUUAAUAACAACAUGAUAAGAUUAGUACAUAGAUAAUGGGAUUACAAACUUACAAAAUUAAAAUGAACAUAAAAGGAUACACCAGCAAUAAGUACAACAUAGUUAAGUCUUCCCAAAUCAUGAAUGAUACAAAUGGCAUAUAAACAAAACAAAAAAAACUAGGUAAAUCAUGUAAAAAAAACAGAAAAGAGAAAAAGAAAAAAAAUUAAUACCCUAAGAAAAACUAAUCUAACAAACUAACCACUAACUAUUAAAGAAAAAAAAGAAGAAAAUGAGCUGUUUAUAGUAUCUAUAAAAAAAUACAAAAUCAUCAGUGUCCCCAACUCCGAUCCUCUCAACAUAUAUAUAUAUAUAUAUAUAUAUAACCAAAACCGGAAAAACAAGUAGGAUUGGAACAGGGUCAAAUUACAUCAUAUGAAAAUAUUGAAUAAAUGGCCUCCAAAUCUUUUCAAAUUUAAUAGAAGGGUCAUAUACGCCACUUCUAAUUUCCUCCAAGUUUAGACAUAACAUAGUUUGAGAAAAACAAUGAAAUACAGUAGGUGGAUUAAUUUCUUUCCAAUUCAACAAAAUAGAUCUUCUAGCCAUUAAUGUAAGAAAUGCAAUCAUCCGACAAGCAGAAGAAGAUAAAUAGAUUGACCCCCAUCAUUGGUAAACCAAAGAUUGCAGUAAUAGGAUGAGGUUGUAAAUCAAUGUUCAAUACCGUGGAAAUAAUAUCGAAAAUGUCUUUCCAAUAUUUUUUCAAAAGUGGACAUGACCAAAACGUAUGAGUUAAAGAAGCUAUCUCAGAAUGACAUCUGUCACAUAUAGGAUUUAUACGGGAAUAAAAACGAGCCAAUUUAUCCUUGGACAUAUGAGCCCUGUGAACAACUUUAAACUGUAUCAAUGAAUGUUUAGCACAUAUAGAGGAUAAAUUAACUAAUUGAAUUUUAUCCCAAUUCUCAAUAGGGAUAGUAAAGUUAAGUUCACUUUCCCAAUCAUUUUUAGUCUUAUAAAAGGCCUCUGAAUGUAUUUUCAUAAUUAUAUUGUAAACAUUUGAUAUUAUACCUUUCUGAAAAGGAUUUAGUUCUAACAAUUUCUCCAAAAUACCAGAAGAAUCAAGAUUUGGAAAGGUAGGAAGUACAGUGUUUAAGAAAUUCCUAAUCUGUAAGUAUCUAAAAAAAUGAGAUCUAGGCAAAUUAUAUUUAUUAGAUAAUUGUUCAAAAGACAUAGAACAAUUAUCCAAAAAUAAAUCAGAAAAUCAUAGUAUUCCUUUAGUAUUCCAAGCUGAAUAAGCUUGGUCCAUAAUAGAAGGAUGAAAAAAGAAAUUGGAUACAAUAGGAAUAGUUAAAACAAAUUGAUUCAAUCCAAAAAAUUUCCAAAAUUGAAACCAUAUACAUAAAGUGUGUUUGACUAUCGGAUUGUCAAUUUGUUUAUGCAAUUUAGAAAGAGCAAAGGGAAGAGAAGUCCCUAAAAUAGAACCCAGUGAAAAUCCUUGUACAGACUUAGUUUCCAGAUUUACCCAAUGAGGGCUAGGAGAUAAAUCCCAAUCCCUUAACCAACAUAUCAAAUAUCGGAUAUUAACUGCCCAAUAAUAAAAUCUAAAAUUAGGCAAUGCCAAUCCACCUUCCUUCCUUGACUUCUGUAAAUAUCUUUUACCUAAUCUAGGAUUUUUGUUCUGCCAUAUAUAUGAGGAAAUUUUUGAAUCGACAUUGUCAAAAAAGAAUUACGGAAUAAAAAUUGGUACUGCUUGAAAUAUAUAUAAGAACUUGGGUAAAAUAAUCAUCUUAAUAGCAUUAAUCCGACCUAUCAGAGAUAAAGACAAUGGUGACCAUUUAGUGAACAAACAUUUAAUCUGAUCAAUUAAGGGUAACAAAAUUAACCUUGAAUAACUCCUUAUGAUUUUUUGUAAUUUUAUUCACUAAGUAUAUAAAAAAAGUCAUUAACUAAUUUAAAAGGUAAAUUUCCAUAAAUUGGAACCUGUCUAUUUAAGGGGAACAAUUCACUCUUAUUAAGAUUCAAUUUAUACCCGGAAAAAUUACUAAACUGAGCCAAUAAUGAUAUAACUGCAGGAAUGGAUUUCUCAGGAUCAGAGAUAUAUAAUAACAAGUCAUCUCCAUAUAAUGAUAACUUAUGUAUAUCCAUCCCGCGAGUAAUGCCAAAAAUGUUAGGUGAUUCUCUAAUAGCAAUUGCCAAAGUUUCCAGAGCAAUAUCAAAUAGUAAUGGACUAAGAGGACAGCCUUGCCUGGUACCCUGAAAUAAACGAAAAAAGGGAGAUCUUUGAUUGUUAGUAAAAACCGAGGCUACUGGAGUAUGAUAUAUCAAUUUAAUCCAGGAUAUAAAUGUCGGACUAAAAUUAAACUUCUCAAGCACAGUAAAUAAAUAUGGCCAUUCAACUCUAUCAAAUGCUUUCUCCGCAUCUAAUGAAAUGCCACAUUCUGAGGUGCUGCGUGAAGGAGUAUAAACAAUAUUCAAUAAUCUCCUAAUAUUGAAAAAAAGAAUAGCGAUUUUUAAUAAAACCAGUUUGAUCCUCCAAGAUAAUUUGAGGUAAUACCUUCUCCAGCCUGGUCACCAGUAACUUGGAAAAGAUCUUGGAAUCUAUAUUCAAUAAGGAUAUUGGUCUAUAGGAUGCACAGUCAGUAGGGUCUUUAUCUUUUUUCAAUAUUAAAGAAAUGGAAGCUCUAUAAAAAGAUUGUGGCAAUUUACCUAGUCUAAUUGCUUCUUCAAAAACCAUGCAUAACCUUGCAUAAAAUUCUUCAGAACAUACAGUGAGUGGUUCAGUAUCUGGUUGUGUUUAGGAGUCUAUCUCUUAAACUCACCAGGGCCCCCCUCUUGAUCUACUUUCAAACUCAACUGGGCUCUGUAUCCAUGCUCCUUUGAAUCUCUCACUCAGGUCCUCUUCUCUGGCUCCCUUAGAACUUACAGGGCCCCUGUUCCCACGAUCUCUUCAAGGUUACUGAUGCCUCAUUUGUGAUGCUACAAUUAAACUAACCAGGAAGCUCUUCCCUUACUCUCUUUUAAGCUCACCUGGUUAAAUGUAAAAUUUAUAAUCUUAUUGUGUAAGAUAUAAAACAAAAUUGAAUAUAAGAAGUGUUAGAUUAUUAAUAAUAUCCAGCAGUCCGGAAAUCAUGCCACUGCCACUCCAGCACCACAAAAUCCUGAGGGUGUUUUUAGAGUUUUACUGUAUUUGCCUCUCCUCCAAUUUGUAUAAAUCACCUCAAAGCAUUUUUCUGCUCUCCUCACGAAACCCAAUUUUGUAUUGUUGGCGAACUUAGAAAUAUUACAUUCUGUUCCUUCAUCAAAAUGAUUAACAUGUGUUAUGAAUCGUUGAUGCCCCAUCACUGUUGUCUGCAAUGAUUCACUAGACACAGCUUGCCACCCUGAAAAGCCCAUUUAUUUCUUUUCUCUGUUUCCUAUCAAUCCAUCAGCUUUUUAUCCAUACCAGUAUAUUGCCCUGGCCCCCCAGUGCAUUCAUUUUAAUUUUUUAUGUCAUUUUUUUUAAGAUCUUACUUCAAAUCUAAGUACUUUCUCUGUUACCUAUUUUGCCAUGUAUAUCUUCAAAAACUCUAGUAGUUUUGUCAAAUUUGAUUUCCAUUUUCAGACUUUUAUGUCGAGUUUGUCUAAUUUUAUUAACAUUCUCUAGGUCUCCUGUUAUCAUUUCAUUCAUAAUGAUUCCAAAAUGUACUACUGAGGAUAAACUAACUGGUCCAUAGCUCAGUUUUCUCCUUUGCUUAAGUAGACAGUUGUCACACACCAAACUACAAGAACUGAUUCAUAAUAAGCAAGCAGCUUGGAAGGAGAUGACCAAUAUUUCCCAGCUACCUCUUUAUCCUGUGAUGCAGACCUUCAGGCCCUGGGGAUUUAUCAGUGGUCUAAAGUAGAGUUGCAAGGGGAUGGGAACCAGGUUGCCUGAACAGUUUGUGGAGUGGUUGUGUAGGCAGAUGUCGCUAAGACCUCAGACAGAGUUAGGAAUCAAAGGGUUGAGCAUGGUGCCACUGGUGUCCUGAGCUGCCUAUGUUUCAAUGCAAGAAGUAUCUUAGGAAAGGUGGAUGACCUCAGAGCAUGGAAUUAUGAUGUUGUAGUCAUUAGUAAGACUUGAUUCUAGCAGGGAAAAGACUGGCAGCUUAAUAUUCUGGGGUUCCUUUGUUUUAGACAUGAGGGAGUGGGAAGGAUUAAUGGAGGAGAGAUUGCAUUUCUAGUUAGGGAAAUUGUCACAGCAGUACCCCGUCAGGACUGACUGGAGAACUCAACUAGUGAUGCGUUAUGGGUGGAAUUGAGAAAUAAGAAAGGCACGACCACAUUAAUGGGGUUACAUUACAGACCACACAGCAGGGAUUUAGAGGAACAAAUUUGUAGAGAGAUCGCAGACUGUUGCAAGAAAAAUAAGGUUGAUAUAGCACGUGAUUUUAACUUUCCACAUAUUAACUGAGAAUACCAUACUGUAGAGGGACUAGAUGGGAUAGAGUUUGCCAAAUACGUUCAGGAAAGUUCCAUUCAUCAAUACGUAGAACUCCCAAUGAGACAGUGUGCCUGGAUCUGCUAUUACGGAAUCAGGGCAGGUGACAAAAGUUUGUGUAAGGGAACACUUUGGAUCCAGCGACCACAGUGCCAUUAGGUUCCAAAUAAAUAUGCAAAAAGAUAGGUCUGGUAUGUGGGUUGAUAUUCUAUGUUGGAAAAAGUCCCGUUUUGAUGUUCUGUAAGUGUGGAUCAGGCUGUUUUCUGGCAAAGACGUACAGUACUUGGAAAGUGGGAGGCCUUCAAAAAUUAAAUGUUCAGAGUACAAAGCUUGCAUGUGCCUGUUAGAAUAAAAAUAUAAAGACAGAUAGUGUUGGGAAGCUUGGUUUUCAAGAAAUAGUGAGGCCCUAAUUAAUAGAAAAAGGAAGUACAUAGCUGGUAUAGGCAAGUAGGAACAAACAAGGUGGUUAUGGAGUAUAAGAAAUGCAAGAGAACACUUAAGAAAUCAGGAGGGCUAAAUGAAGUUUCUCUAGCAGACAAGGUGAAGGAGAAUCCUAGGGGAUUCUACAGAUAUGUUAAGAGCAAAAGGAUUGUAAGAGACAGAAUUGGUCCUCUGGAAGACCAGAAUGAUAAUCCAUGCGUGGAGCCAAAACAGAUGGGGGAGAUGGUAAAUGAAUUCCUUGCAUCCGUACUUACUCAGGAGACAGAUAAAGGGUAUUUGGAAUAAUGCAGAGUGGCAUCAACUUCAUGGACCCUAUAGAGACUACAGUCGAGGAGGUGAUUGCUACUAUGAGAUGAAUCAGGGUGGAUAAAUCCCCAUGACCUGACAAGGAGAUCCCUCAGACUCUACAGGAGGCAAAUGCCCUGGCAGAAAUAUUACAAACAGCCUGAGCGACAGGAGAGAGACUAGAGGAUUGCAGGAUCACCAAUGUUGUUCCACUGUUUAAAAAAGGCUCUAGGCAAACACCAGGAAAUUAUAGGCUAGUGAGGCUGAAGCAGGAAAGAUACUGGAAGGUAUUUUAAGGGUGUAUUUGGAUAGACAGGGAUUGACUAAGGGUAGUCAACAUGGCUUUGUGCAUGGAAGACCAUGUCUAACCAAUCAUAUAGAGUUUUUUAAAGGAAGUUACCAGGAAAAUGGAUGAAGACAAGGCAGCAGAUGUCAUCUACGUGGAUUUUAGUAAGACUUUUGACAUAGUCCCAUAUGGAAGGUUGGUUAAGAAGGCUCAGUCGCUCAGCAUUCAAGAUGAGGUAGUAAAUUGGAUUAGACAUCGGCUUUGUGGGAGAACACAGACAGUGGAAGUAAAGGGUUGCCUCUCUGACUGGAGGCCUGUGACUAGUGGCAUGCUGCAGGGAUCAGUGCUGGGUUCUUUGUUGUUUGUCACCUAUAUCAAUGACCUGGAUGAUAAUGUGGUUAACUGGAUGAGCAAAUUGUGGAUGUGCGGUGAACUACAUAUACCUGUCCGGACAUCCCCCCCCCUGCUGACUGCUCCUCUGACUCCUCCCACAGACCCCUGUAUAAAGGCGAUUGGAGACACAGCCCCGGCCUCAGUCUCCAGGAUGUAGUGUGGUGGUCAAUUGCUGCUUGUUCUUUCUUUCAGCUAAUAAAAGCCUAUAUCUCA